GAAGGAAGCGCAUACGGGGCGUCGCCUGUCUAUAAAUUCUCAGGCGCGAUAUUUCUCAACUCUGCACAAUUCAACCUCUUCUCAAUCGCCAACUCAACACUCGUGAAUGACCUGCAGCCAUGCCGUCAGAACUGGAACGUGCCAUGGAGUCCAUGAUCACCGUGUUCCACAGGUAUGCUGCUAAGGAGGGCAGUAGCAACACUUUGAGCCGCCGUGAGCUCAAGGACCUGAUGGAGAACGAGCUCUCUGGCUUCCUCAAGUCUCAGAAGGACCCAGCCACAGUAGACAAGAUCAUGAAGGAUCUGGACUCUAAUGGUGAUGGAGAGGUGAACUUUGAGGAGUUUGUUUCUCUGGUUGUGGGCCUGUCCAUCGCCUGUGAACAGUGCUACCAGAUGCACAAGAAGAAGAUGGGGAAGUGAGGGAUGAAAAGAGGAGAGGAGGAAGGGACAUAGAGUAGAGAAGGGUUCUAAUUUUCACUUUUGUAAUUGUCACACUGUCCAUUAAAACACAAAGACCAAG